GAAAUGUCUUGCUACGACCUGUGCCCCACCACCACCAGCGGCAUCGCCUGCCCCCAGCCUCUCGCCAACAGCUGCAACGAGCCCUGUGUGCGCCAGUGCCCCGACUCCACAGCCCUCAUCCAGCCUCCUCCGGUCGUGGUCACCUUCCCCGGCCCCAUCCUCAGCUCCUUCCCCCAGCAAGCCGUGGUGGGCUCCUCCGGAGCACCCGCCUUUGGGGGCUCCCUGGGCCUGGGGGGCCUCUACGGCGCUGGGAGCCUCUACGGCGCUGGGAACCCCUACGUUGCUGGGAGCUCCCUGGGCUAUGGGGCCCAGUUUGGAUACGGGGGCUCAGUCCUGCCCUCACUGGGCAGUGGCCCCUGCGGCCCCUUCUCCUCCCGCCGCUCCAGCCGACUCUUCCGUGGCAGCUGUGGGCCCUGCUAA